UACAGAUCUACAGAUUUAUGCCUUGCAUCAUCUUCUCUCCUUGGUUUCCUAAUUUUCACUCAGCAUUCGACCAACGCAACCCCCUGCCCCAAAUUCCACCCCCUUUCCUUCUCAUCUUCAUCACCCGAGAUCUCUUUGGCGGUUGAAAAUGAAGAAGAUGAAACUCUUCAAGGAAGAAUACUCAUUCGAGGAUAGAUGUGAGGAAUCCAAGGAGAUCAUUGCCAAAUAUCCUGAGCGGGUACCGGUUAUUGCUGAGAGAUUUGCUAGGAGUGAUCUGCCUGGCAUGGAGAAGAGAAAGUACCUGGUUCCUAGAGACAUGUCCAUUGGACAAUUCAUUCACAUUUUGAGCUGCAGGCUUCAUCUGGCACCAGGAAAAGCACUCUUUGUGUUUGUCAAUAACACUUUACCUCAAACAUCUAGCCUUGUGGAAUCAAUUUAUGAAUUUUACAAAGAUGAAGAUGGGUUCCUGUACAUGUACUACAGCAGCGAGAAGACAUUCGGAUGAAAAAAGAAAAAAGUUCAUAAGCUUCCUUCCUCAAAGCUGUUCAUUUGUGUCCAUUUAGGCAAUUUCAUAUGAUAUGUGUUAUAAUAAACUGAACCUGGACCUUUGUGUACCUUUGUAUAAUAGUAUAUAUCUGUUUUAAUGUGAUCUUGUAU